UCUAACCAGCGCGAAAAGGUGUUUUUUUUCAUUCUGUAAACAUGAAAUUUUUUGUCUGCUUAUUAGCGCUGACUAUCAUCCUGUAUCUUGGUCAAACUCAGGCACAAUGCCCCAAUGCGCCACAGCAUUAUAGUUGUAGUGGAGCAGCUCAUAGCGGAAGUAUCGCCGAUCAUUGCCGUGGUGGUGUAAGGUGGUGGUACAAUUCUGGAAGUGGAACAUGCGCUAGCUUCUAUUAUAACGGUUGUGGUGGCAAUAAUAACCGUUAUUGUUCCCUUGCAGCCUGCCAGCAAAGAUGUGCCUACCGUGGCUAGGAUAUGGGUGGCGGCGAGUUUCCCCCUUAAACUUGCAUAAAUGCAUACAUAGACCGAAAAGAUUUAUAAUAAAUC